AUGGAAGCUUUUAUAAGCUUAGACCAAGACAAAGCCUCUCCAAUCUCAGAACGAUGGGUUCACUCCCUCAUCAUUAAGGUAAUUGGGAAAUCCUUCUCGGUGGAAUUCUUGAAAACAUCUCUUCAGAGAAUUUGGAAAUUACAACAACCAUUGCAGCUCAUUGCGUUAGGAAGAGGUUUCUACAAUGUGUCUGUCCCAUCAGAAGAAGCAAGAGAAGCAAUUCUCUCAAAUGGCCCAUGGUUCAUUACAGGAUACAUGUUAAUUGUCCAACCAUGGGUACCGGGGUUCAAACCGUCUCAAGCGGUUAUCUCAAAAUCCCUUGUUUGGGUGUCGCUACCAGAAUUACCAAUUGAGUUUCACUCUUUACCAAUUUUGCAGAGAAUUGCGAACGAAAUUGGGAGCUUUAUCAAGACAUAUAUGAACGCAAUAGAACAAAACAAAGUUAGGUUUGCAAGAAUCCAGGUCCUACUGGACCUUGCAAAACAGAGGAAGGAAAACGUUUGUUUAAGAGCUUUUAAACAUACGAUUCAGUAUGAAGAAUUCCCAUAA